AUGGAUCUAACUCUUCGGACGCAAAUCCAGGAAUGCAAUUGGCUGGUUGUGAAUGUAACCACUCCGGCAAAUUAUUUCCCCGUACUGAGACGUCAAAUACAAAGGAAAUUCCGAAAGCCUCUCAUUGUGGUGUCUCCGAAGAAUUUGCUUCGCCACAAGGAUUGCAAAUCCAAUCUUUCUGAAUAUGAUGAUGUCCAAGGCCAUCCAGGUUUUGAUAAACAAGGGACCGGAUUUAAGCGCCUAAUAAAGGACCAGAAUGACCGCUCAGAUCUCGAGGAGGGUAUCAGGCGUUUGGUUCUUUGCUCCGGAAAGCGUGAACUGAAGCGUUAUCCAAAUGCAGAGGUUGUUUGGUGCCAGGAAGAGCCGAUGAAUAUGGGUGCAUACAAUUACAUUGCACCCCGCCUUAGCACUGCCAUGAAGCCCUGGGCAGAGGUAGCAUGGAUGACAUCAAAUACGCAGGCCGUGCUCCAUCUGCUGCAACAGCCACUGGUUUCUAUCAGGUUCAUGGGAAAGAGCAGAGUGAACUUGUUCAGAAAGCUCUUCAGCCUGAACCAAUUAAUCAAACCUAAUUGA